UGCUGGUUUCCUGGUCUUUACAGCGGGAGUGCCGCCAUGUUGUUUUUGUUUGACAGGUAGUUGAUCUUGCUAUGGCUCAGUAUUCUGGUUCUCCCAUGUCUCACCCUUACUGGCCCCGAGAUCUGCGUCUGGAUGGCUAUCGCCCCAAUGACCGACCCAUGUGGCAGAUUUUGGCCUUUCUGUUUUCUGUGUCCGGAGUCUUACUGGUGGCAACGUGGUUCGUGACCGGCCGCUCCUCCAAGAUGGGCCCAGUCCGCCGCCUGGCUCUGUGCUGGUUUACUAUCUGUGGCUUCAUACACGGUGUGAUUGAAGGAUGGUUCUCACUAUACUACCAGGAAAUUCCCCAGGACCAGGCCUUUCUAUCACAGCUGUGGAAGGAAUAUGGCAAAGGAGACAGUCGAUAUGUGAUAGCAGAUAAUUUCACAGUUUGCAUGGAGACCAUCACUGCCUGGGCAUGGGGCCCCCUGAGCCUCUGGACCGUAAUCUCCUUCCUUCAGAACCAGCCUUCCCGCUUUAUUCUGCAGCUUAUUGUUUCCCUUGGGCAGUUAUAUGGUGAUGUGCUAUAUUUCUACACGGAAUAUCGGGACGGAUUCAGUCAUAGCGAGAUGUGGCACCCGCUCUACUUCUGGUUUUAUUUUGUGUUUAUGAACGCCUUGUGGAUUGUCAUUCCAUCCGCACUGAUUGUGGACUCCUGGAUCAACCUGAGCCGAGCGCAGCAUUCUGCAGACUCCUCACGGCCCUCCAGCAAACAGAAAAGGAACUGAUUCCAAAUUGCGCUCCCAGGCAGACAGGGAGAGUACGGCAUUUAAUGAGCCAUGUACCCACCAGUGUGCAUUAGAAAUCUUUGUAUGUGUGAGGCGCGGAGCUCUGUAUGUGUGAGGCGCGGAGCUCUGUAUGUGUGAGGCGCGGAGCUCUGUAUGUG